AUGGAUGCAGGAGCAGCCCAGUAUCUGCAGGAGAAUGUUGGCGGCAUCUUAGCAAAGGCUCUGGCAGAGAUGGCCGUCGUCCAGCCAAAGGACGGAGUCGAUUUUUUGUCGAAGUGGUUGACGCAAUAUGCAGAGCAAGAAGAGGCAAAGGAGCAGAAGGAGCAGGUGGAAAGAGAACUUACGCAGCUGAGAACUCAAACAAGGGCCAAGCGGGAUGAGAAGGAGGAGCUAAGGCAGCAGAAGGUGUCCGAAUCCCAGCAGCUAGAAGCCAAAUAUACUUCCCUCUUCGAGAAGUUCGGCAGUGACGAGACCAUGUUCCAGGACACAAUGUGGCAAGAGCUAGUCGAUGUUGCACAAGCAACCGCGGGUGCUUCUGCCGUGUAUCUGGGAAUCCUUGAGCAGGGAGAAGAGGGUGGAGAUCCGGCGGGUCCGUACAUCAGUUAUGAGUAUGCGUCCAAGGGAUCGGAGUGGAUGACAGAGCGAACUCUUGCAGAGGGCAAAGGUGUUGCAUGGGGUGCACUCACGGAAAAUCCACCAGAAGAGAAUUUCAAGGAGCUUUGCUUGUGGAAGCCGCCCAGCGUGGAGCCAGUGCCUGAAGAACUUGCUGACGGAGAGCCACCUGCAGAGAAGCCGGGCACGCCAUACUACCCUGUAAGCAUUGAUUGCGUGACCGAUGUGGAGAAAGUCCAUUACUUUGACAUGACACGCCUUGGAGCUUUCUUAGCCAUACCAAUGGUGUACCAGUCCUACUACCAGAGUGAUGCCUAUACUGAUGCGAAGACAUUUGAGGAAGAGAAGAAGGCAGAAGCAAAAAGGCGUGAAGAAGAGGCGGCCGCUAGAGCUGCAGCAAUUGCGAAUGGCGAAGUUCUAGAGGAUGCCGAGCCUGAAGCCGUGGAGGAGAAGCAGUUGGUCAUGCGUGGAAACGACGUGAAGAUGAUUCUUUGCUUGGACACGCUAGGCACGAACAGCUCCUUUGAGGAGGGCAAUGCGGUAAAGGUCCUCGAGCUGGCCAAGGCCUGCUGCCAGUCAAAGUCCAAGACAGAGUUUAAGCAGGUUGAUUCUCAAGUCCUGACGGUCAUCGACGAUGAGCGACGUGCCCAAGAGAAUGAGCAGAUUACCGAAGUGGAUGGCACCGUCGAGCAAAUGCACGCAGAGCAGAUAGAGGCUGAGGAGGCUGAAGCAACAGAUGAGCUUCGGAAGGAAGUGAUUCAGAAGAAGUUUGCCUUCCUGCGUGCUUUGGAGGUUGCAAAAGAGCUUUCCGGCAUGAUCGCAAGUUUGACAUCUUGGGUCUAUGCCACGGCAGAUGUCAUGAAUGUGGUGGCAGCUCUAGCUCACUUCGCUGGCUACACCAAAGCAGACAUCUACCCAAGGAGGAAAUCAAACUUGAACUGGCAGCGCCUGAAGCAAUUACUCCAGAACCCGCUGCAGUUGCUGGAAAAGGUUGGCAAGGUGGAAGUCGAGGGCCCCAGGAAAGGCGUUCUUCCGGAGCAUCUGCACGCCUACAUUAUGCAGAUGGGGUCUCCAGCAGAGAUGGAUGGUGAAAAGGCUAAGGAGAUUGCACCAGCAUUCUUCCUUCUCUUCAACUUGUUGCAGGCUGGAUGCGCUUAUCGCACGGCGGACCUGGAACUCCGGAAGGCAGAGUUCAACAAACAGAAGGAAGAAGCUGGCGAGGAAUAUGAGGGGCCUGCACUGGAAGAGCUCGAUGAUGAUUUCCAAGCGUCGUAG